AUGCAACACUGUACUGAAAUAGCCCUGAUGAAGAAUAAGGAAAAAGAGGCAUCGAGUGACUCAGUAGAAGGAAUGGAAACUGAGAAAGAGAGGGAGAAAGAGAACCGUGGUAACGGCAGUGUAUUCGACUGGGCCAGAGACAGGUACAUUCUGCAGGAGAAGAUUGGAGAGGGGACAUUUAGCACAGUUUACAGGGCAUUGGACGUGAACACGAAUGCGAGGGUGGCAAUAAAAGCAAUCACCAGAACAACUGCACCAGGGAGGAUUCUGGAGGAGUUGCAGAUUCUGAGGAGACUGGGAGGCCAGUCCCAUUGCAUUCCACUCCUUGACGUCCUCAGGAAGCACGACCAGAUACUGGCAGUGUUUCCCCUGAUAAACGCAGUCGAAUUCAAGGAGUUCGUGACCAGGGCGUCUGGCAGUGACGUCAGAUCGUACAUGGCCUGUCUGCUCACUGCAGUGGCCCACGUCCAUUCGUGUGGAUUCAUCCACAGGGACGUGAAGCCAAGCAACUUCGUCUACGACAUGGAUCAGGGAAUUGGGUUUCUGAUCGACUUCGGUCUCGUGCAGAAGACACGCGUUGGGAAGCCACGGCCAGCCGAGCCAGAGCGGCCUGUGCUCUUCUUCAGCGCCACCGUUCGGCCAAGCAGGCCGCCUGGCUACUUCGAGGGCGACUCGAGGCCGAAGAUGAAGGCGGCCCGUGCUGGAACCAGGGGAUUCAGGGCACCUGAGAUCCUGUUUCGAUACGCGAACCAGGGCCCAGCGAUCGACGUCUGGUCCGCUGGCGUCGUUCUCCUUUGCAUCCUCUCUGCCCAGUAUCCCUUCUUUGUCUCGGUCGAGGACGUCGAUGGCCUCGUUGAAAUGGCCACGAUCUUCGGCCACGCCGAGAUGCGUCGGGCUGCCAAACAGUACGGCCGUGUCUGGAAGUGCAACAUUGGGACGGUUGGAGAGGAUCGCGUCGACUUCAGGGAGAUUCUGGUGAAGAUGAAUGCGGAUGCUGAGAUCGAUGCAGACGCCCUUGAUCUGCUGGAGAGAAUGCUCGAGUUGGACAACACUAAGCGAAUCACAGCCCAGGAAGCACUGUCUCACCGCUACUUUACACGCUGA